ACAACACAUUGUACCGCCUCAGUGUGAGUGACGGUCUCAGACAAAAUUCUUUGGCUCCGCCUCCGACUAUCAACGUUUAGCAACAACAAAAAAAGAAAAAAGAAAUUGUCAAAACGCACAGCGGUCUAGCAGCCAGUGUUGUUUUUCCCUGUGUGUGGCAGGCUGGAGGGUGGGGGUGAGGUGCGGGCUCCUCCAGUUACCGAUCUCUCGCCCAGUUCCCCGUCGACAGCUCCGCUAAUGGCACCUUCUUCACACCGCUAGCUGGAGACCCACUAUGCAGACAUAUACUGAACAACUCGUAUUUCGGAUCGAUUUCAGCAAUUUCAUAAAGAUGAGCGUUCCCCCCGUGCUGUAAACGGCGUGAAAAAAAGCAGAAGCGCAGAAGAAAACACACGGAGACCGGUCGGAUUCAACCGUUAGCCUCGUCGGAAGUCUACAAAAAUGCCUGAGGUUCGGGACCUUUCUGAAGCUUUGCCAGAGAUGUCCAUGGACCCAAUCACUGGAGUCGGAGUAGUUGCCUCCAGGAACAGGGCACCCACAGGAUAUGAUGUGGUCUCUACCACAACUGAUGGCCUAGAUGCUGACCUGUGGAAAGAUGGCCUUUUUAAAUCCAAGGUGACCCGCUACCUCUGCUUCACCAGAGUUUUCUCUAAAGAAAAUAGCCAUUUAGGUAAUGUUCUUGUGGACAUGAAGCUGAUUGAUAUAAAGGACACUUUGCCUGUGGGUUUCAUCCCGAUCCAGGAAACUGUUGACACUCAAGAGCAAGCCUUCAGGAAAAGACGACUCUGCAUCAAGUUCAUUCCCCGGGAUUCCACGGAAGCAGCCAUCUGUGACAUCCGCAUCCUGGGACGCUCCAAGCAGGCUCCUCCUCAGUAUACCUUUAUAGGAGAGCUCAACAACAUGGGAAUCUGGUAUCGCAUGGGGAAUGUACCUCGAGCCCAGGACUCCACACACAUGCCGACUGCUAACAACAUUCAGAAUGUGAACUCCUCGUCCAGCUCAGCUCCAGUCCCAGCAGCUCCAUUGCCCAAGCAUAUUUCCAUGACCCUCCCUGCCAGCUUCAGAGGGAAGAACACUACCAGACCAGACUAUGAGCACCAAAACUCCAACCUGUAUGCUAUUUCAGCAAUGGAUGGGGUACCUUUCAUGAUAUCUGAGAAGUUUGCCUGUGCCUCAUCUGAUCUGCAGCAGGUGGAUCUGAUGGGCAUUACAAUCAAGUCACUGGCCGAGAUCGAGAAAGAGUAUGAUUACAGUUUCCGCACAGAGCACAGUGCAGCGGCUCGACUGCCACCCAGUCCAACGCGGACCUCCCUGAGCUCUGAGGCCUGAGCAUGCCCCCCCUAACAACACUCUAGCCUAUGGACACCUGCAGGAGACACCUGUACACAGCUACUGAGAACCUGCCCACAGCAAACCGUGAUUUCCCACCUCUCCAAGAAAACUGACCAAGAAGAAAAAACAACAAAAACUAUGCAUUUUCUAAUUUCUGCGUGAUGUUGUGGUCUCUGUGCAUUAGUUGUGCUAUUGAAAUAUAACAGAAAUAUUGGAACUCAGUGGGUCAGGCUGAAACCACUACAUACAGCAUUUUGUGCUGAAGGAAUAAUAGAGAAAUCCUGCUCAUAUGAUUUUAAAAUACAUUUCUUAAAAGUGUCAUAAGUGUUGUUCCCUUAUGACAGAAAUAAUUACGCCCCAUCUGAAGGACUUAUUACAGCAAAAUAAAAGGAUUACAGAGGUACUUUCUUUUGAAGGAGGGUGUCUGUUAGGCAUUUCCUAUUUGAAAUGAAUUGAGCCUGAAAGCAGAUGUCAUAUUUGCCUUCCUUGUUUAUGACAUACCUGCUGCUCUGCUCUGAAUCAAAGCACCAGGAAGGCACGUCAUGUGUUAGAAACACUAAAGCAAGAAAUGGGCUUUUUCUCUUCUGUUGUACUGGUGUUCUUCAUUGGGAAUGAUUCUAAUUGUUCUUCAGAUAUUACUGUAAUAUUCUGGUGUGACUGUGAGUGCACUUUGUGUUUGGGAAUUUCAGUGUACUUCCUGUUUGCCACAAAUAUUGUGUUAACCACUCCUCUAAGCCAGCAGCUUGGAUGACUUCUUGAACCACUAUUACUGAUGAAAGGUUUGUAAACCAAGGUGCAGGUUAUGCUGCUGCACAGCACAUAGCACUGUUGUGACUGUUGGCAACUGUAGCUAAUAUAAAUUGAGCCAGUUACCGACAUCUGAGUUUUGAUACUGAUACCAAACAAAUAUCUUUUCAUACUUUACAGUUUUUUUUUUCCUUUGAAAGCUGAACACUUAGUUUUAGCCUCAGCACGCCCCAAACACAUUUUGGUUGGUACCAAAAAAAGCUUUUAGUGCUGAAGCCCAGCCCUGAUGUCUUUACAAUAUAACUAUUUUCACAGUUUAAAGUUACUUUCUUGAUAUUUAACAAAGAUUUUGCAGCUCAUGUAUUGGCCGCAAAAGUGCUCUUUUUUUUUUUUUUUUUUUUUUUUUUGAACACGUGGGUUACAUGUGAGGAAACGUGUUUAUAGUGUAAACUUUUCCUUUUCUAACAAUGAGCUUGUUUCUUUUCUGCCCUUUUUAACAAAACGAGAAAUCGGCAUGUGAUAACCACCAACUCUGAAACGUUUCAGUUCACUUGUAAUGAGUGGUGGAAUUUAGACACCGAGAAAGGGUUGCUGCUCAGUAUCUGAACUAACCUGUGCUUUCGUUUGUCCAUAGUCCGCGUUUCCCAUUGUUAAACCAAGAAAGAGCAUAUCUGAUCUCAAGUUUUGUUGUUGAUUUACAGCUCCACCGGUUAUUGAGUCCCACUGACAAUAACUGAAGAGCAUCGUAGAAAACAUUUUUGCCUGUACAGACCAUACACCAUCAGCAAGGUGAUGGGCUCUGUGCGUACUACCGAAACUACCCAAAAUGGCUGUUACAGAUUUUAUUCUAGGUGGUUUAUUAUAGUGGACGGCAGCAGAUGCAGCAUCAGUGCAGUGGAUGAUGUACUGACAGCAGGAAUUGAUUCAAAUCUUCUUUGCCUCUUAUGUUAAUUUCCACCGUGUUCCAUGAUGUCGGAGGAUUGAAAUGAAAGAGAAAAAUGUAAGGUAAAUGUUACAAAAAAAGGGCCAGCAGUCAUUUUUUUUAGGUUUUUCAACACAAGCCAUUCAGUAUCAGACACACCAGUGGAGACACCAGUCUGAUCACUGAAGCCCCAAGUCCAUCUUUGAAGAUGACAAGCUGUUAAUGGUUGGGCACCUGUGUGUAUUCUGUUGAAUGUCUGAGCCAAGCCAUAGCAAGAUGCCAUUAUGCUACCACCAUACUCUGAACCUGAAGACAGUGCUGCCUUUGUGAAAGAGCGAGGAGUAGUGAGUAGGACAUGACUGUUGUGAUGAAGGCACUGUUCCAGUUGAUAUGUACGUUACAUAAAAUACACAAUGUGAGCCAUUUCUAGUUGCUUUGCCCAGCUGUUGCUAUUUGAGACUUCUCCAUUGUUUGAGUACUGACUUUUGUUUUAAAGUCUGUAGAAUCUGAGUUGAAUCUAUGUGUUCAGGUUGUCCUCGCCUCUUUCUUAAUACAUUCACAGAAUCCUUAAUGUCCCAUAAAUGAUCAUUGACUCAUUUUUGUUCAUUUCACUUUUUCAUACAACUAAUGUUACAAGAAAAAACGUUUUGUUAUUCUGCAAUAUCAUCGUCAUUAAUGCACGGAGUGAAUCCUGUUGCUUUAUGUUUGUAUUUGUCUAAUUUAUUAGUCAUUUCAGUAUUGUGACCAUGUUGGUUGUCUCAAUGUUUCUGUGUUUCUUUGUUGUUGUUUUUUUUAGAAAUGUAUUAAAACUGUCAUUUGCACUGCUGACAUGAUUGAUGAGCUGAAAAGAUAAAUGGCUCAUGUCCAUGUGAAGCUCUGUAUUUGAGCUGAGUGUAUCUGCCUGUUCUGUGAAAAGCUACACAUGUAUCAUUUCUAAGCUCUAGUGUUUACCUACAGCCAGUUUUGCUGAAACAUUUAAUAGCUAACUAAUAUGGCGUCUGCAUUAACAACUAAGAAUCCUGCUUUGAUGUUUCUGUUCGUUUUCAUGCAUGGUGACAUGAGGUGUCAAGUUUCAAUACAACACCUAUUUUUGUAGGCUAAUGAUUAAAAGUCACAGAUUUUAUCUCAUAAAUAGACUCUAUUCACCAAGAAUGAACAAAACUGUCUGUUGAAUUUGUAAUGUGAGGGAGUGUCAUUAAAUUUUGAUGAACUAAA